GACUGUGACGUCCGAUCAACUCAAGGAGUAGUAGUGCGGGGCCUCUGGCUGCUUUUCCAGCUCAGACCCCACCGCGGAAUAUUUCUUCAUUUGUGUCUGGCACCCUGCAAAACCUACGAACAGGAAGUGAGAAGAACUGAGACACCACCGUGCUAAUUUCCUGAAUACUGAUUCUGAGGCCAUUGGAGUAAGAGAAAACUACAUUCCCACUGGUCCUGAAGCUGUGUUGUCUUUUGCAGCUGCGCAGUAGCUAGAAGCAAAGUUACCCAUUCUUCAGCAUCCUCGGGCCCUCAUUUCCUUUUGUGGCAACUCUGCACAAGCUAACCUUCUUCACCUUCUUUUGGAGGAAUUCUGAGCACUUGGAGGGUUUUUGCUUGACCAAUGCAUCCAAAGAUACCAGUCGGCUAAAAGUCAAGACUCUCCACCGGUGUAAAGAUUCUUGGCUCUGGAAUCUAGGUGGCAUGCAUAUAACAACCAAGACACUUGGUCACUGAGUGACCAGAGGAAUAUAAAGCAUUGGAGCGUAAACCUGUUCUCUUGACUACAGCUUGCCAAAGCAGACUUACCAUGACGAAAGAACAGUGGAAACGAUGAGGGGGAAAGACACGAGCAGAACCGAAGCAACACAGAGCAUGGAGGGACGAAAACGAUACUGUUGGCUAUCCGAGAAAGAGAGGAAACAGAUGGAAAGACAGGCACACCGCACCAGCCAGGCCAGAGACUUUAAGAGCAGAAUGUGUAGAUUUUUCCCCAAUGAACGGCUACCGAGAAUUGUGUACGACGGCCAGACAGCACAAAAAAGGCAGAUGGUCAAAAAGAGGGAGCAGGCGCAGAUCAAAGACCACCAGGAGCGCAUGCUUCGAGGCAGGGAACAGAUAGAGCAAAGACUCAAGGAAAGACUCUUGAGAAGAAGCCAGGGCCAGCUCCCUUCACUAGAGAAGCUCGAGAAAGUGAAGAAGGAGAUGAAAGACUUUGAAAGGGCUAAUGCACACCCGCUUUUGGAGCUGCGCAGGAAAAGCCUCAUUAAGUUGGAAAGUCUUAUCGAGAAGUCUCAGGCACGAGAGGAAGCGAAAACGGCAAAGCCUCACCAAAAGAAAUUCCUGGCCUUGCCAACCUUUUUGAAAAGUCACAGCCGAAAAAUCAAAGACCAGUAAAAUUUCAGUGCUUUUCGUGAAGGAAAAAAAAAUUCCUGGAAAUUAAUAAAGACUUUUAGAAGUA